AUGGACAAAGCUGCAGCUUCCACCUGCCUCCUUGGCUGGGAAACUCAGCCACCCCCCUGCCUGGAUCUUGUGCUGCAGACAUUCCUGGAGCAGCACCUGACCCCCACCACGCUACUGCAUCUCUUUCUGGUAACAUCCGGGGCUGUGAAGGCUGAGAAGUGGCAGGUACUGCACAUCCUGCUGUAUGACAGCCCAGAGAAAGGCCGGGCUAACCCUGGGCAGACCCAGGACAGGAGCUGCCCCCAGCCAGCCCGGCUGCCCCCGGCGACCACAUGCGGCCUGUGGGAGCUGAUCGGGGCCUUGGGGCAAGCGGACACGCUGGAGGGAUGCGAGGACGACCUGUUCGCCUCUUGCUUCCUCGCCAUCGCCUGCCCCCCGGCACGGCACCUCUCGGGAGCCCAGCAGGACUUGCCCAGUGACACCAGUCCACGCAGCAUGGCCGUGCAGGCCCUGGCGCGGGUGCUGCGCCUCAGGGGCAGUCAGCCAGCUGUGGAGCUAAUGGACCAGGAGCGAGGCUGGCAGCUGCUGGAGGAGGCCCAGCCCGAGGGGUUCACUCUCCUUAGCAGGGCCAUAGUGACCCACCCAAACCUGGCCCUGAAGAGCAUCCCAAAGCUUCUCCUUCCCAGCCUCCAGGCCAGCCAGGAGGGCGAACGCAUGGCCUGCACUGCCCUGUUCGCAGAGUUCCUCGGCAGCCCCCUGCUGAUGGAGAAAGAGCCCAAGGCGAUGCGGAAGCAGGUUGUGAAGGCCAUGCUGCAGCGGACAGAGGACAGCAACAUCCACGUUUGAGGCAGA